CAAACGUCAAAAUAAUAAAGUUAUUUUAAUAUAAUAUAAUCUUAAUCUUGAUGAAAAUAAAGUUUUUAGUUACAUAUUAAGUUUUUCCAUAUCUAAUUCAAAAUGCAAAGAGAACGACGAAAUAAUGCCGGCAAUCGUAUGGCCAAACUGUUGGACGAAGAAGAAGAAUGCCAGGAUGAGUUUUACAAACAAAACUAUGGGGGUUUUGAAGAAACUGCUUCUGAUAAUGAAUAUGAAGCUGAAGAAGAAGGUGAAGACUUAGUCGACUCUGACUUUAGUAUUGAUGAAAAUGAUGAACCGGUUUCCGAUACUGAAGGAGAUGAGAAUCAAAAGAAAAAACGGAGACUUGUUACUAAAGCAUAUAAAGAGCCAGUACCAAAAAAAGAAAAACAGAAGCAACCAAAACCACCAAAAACUUCUCAAAAAGUUAAACGUUUAUCAAGUUUUAGUAAUGAAUCACUUGGUAGAAAAUCAGUACGGAAAUCAACACUAGCCCGGACAGCAGAAACAGCACAACGAGUAAAGGUUAGAGAUCUUGAACAGAGGAGGAAGGUUAAGAAGCAGUCGGUAGAAGAAAUACCAACACAAGCUGAGCUUCUAGCUGAAUGUAAAAUUACUGAACAGGAGAAUUUAAAAUCUUUAGAAAGAUAUCAGAAGUUGGAGAAUGAAAAGAAAGCAAAAAGGCCUUUAAAAAAACAAGGUUCUGGUCCAGUGAUACAAUACAGAUCUACUAGAAUGCCCAUUAUAGAGGAAGUUAACAAAGACAGUACUAUUAAAGAAGAGGUAACAGAAAUCCAACCAAAAUAUUGUGAAAGAACAUUUAUUACAAUAUAUAACGAUCCAAAUGAUGUUGCUUUCAAGAAAGUAUUUAAUGUUAAACAAGCUCCAAUUUUACCCAAGAAAUUAAAGUGUGCUGUGACUGGGAAACCCGCAAGUUAUAUCGAUCCUGUUACUCGAGUUCCAUAUCACAACAGAAUUUGUCUAAAGAUAAUUAGGUUGGCCUAUUAUGAUUACAUGGAACACCACGGAGAUAAGAACAAUCCAUUAGUAGUGAAUUUCUUGAAAUGGUUGUCACAGAACAAGAAACGGUUAAGAAACGAAAUAAUUACAGAGCAAAAAGUGUCUUUCCAGUAGGUUUAAAUGAAUAAAGUAUUAUUAUGA